ACUUCCCGGAGCCACGUCGCGCUUCACUCGCCAUUUUCACCGUUCCAGAGAAGCCGGGUUCGGUCUGCUUAGCUCUCCUGUGCCGGUGUCACACUUCAGUACCGCGGGUCUGAUUAAGAACCGAAGCCGGACCAAGAGCGGAUUUUUUACGGACGUGGUGAAGGCCCAUAAGAGGAGAGAAGAUGAACAUCUUUAGGCUCACUGGUGACCUGUCCCACUUGGCAGCCAUCAUCAUUCUGCUGAUGAAGAUCUGGAAAACCAGGUCCUGUGCCGGUAUUUCUGGGAAGAGUCAAGUUUUGUUUGCUCUGGUCUUCACCACUCGGUAUCUGGACCUGCUCACGUCCUUCAUCUCUCUGUACAACACCACCAUGAAGGUCAUCUACAUCGGCUGUGCAUACGCCACCGUCUACCUGAUUUAUGUCAAAUUCAAGGCCACCUACGAUGGAAACCAUGACACCUUCAGAGUGGAGUUUCUGGUGGUUCCUGUCGGGGGUCUGGCCUUCCUGGUCAACCAUGACUUCUCUCCACUGGAGAUCCUCUGGACCUUCUCCAUCUACCUGGAGUCUGUGGCCAUCUUACCUCAGCUCUUCAUGAUCAGUAAGACAGGAGAAGCGGAGACCAUCACCACUCACUAUCUGUUCUUCCUGGGCCUGUACCGAGCUCUGUACCUCAUCAACUGGAUCUGGAGGUUCUACUUUGAGAGCUUCUUCGACAUGAUCGCCAUUGUGGCUGGAGUGGUGCAGACCAUCCUCUACUGUGACUUCUUCUACCUGUAUGUCACAAAAGUUCUGAAAGGAAAGAAGUUGAGUCUUCCUGCCUAAGCAACCGUGGAGGACGAGAAACGUUCUGGCCAAUCAGACGCAGGGCGAGAAAAUUGGAGGGGAGGCGGAGUCUGAGUGGACACAAAAGACACCCUGGCUGCGCCUAGCACCAACUGACCACCACCUCCUCGUCCCCUCCCACUCCUCCUCUCCUCCAGAGUAAGAUGCCUGAGACAGAGAGCGACCGCAGCAUCUGGACUCCACUGCCUCUGGAUUUCUGUUUGAUGCAUCUUACUUUAACUGUUGUUUUUUUUUUAUUUCUCUGAAUGAAAGAAGGAAAAAGAAAAUUUUCUACUUUAACAAAAGGAUUAGUUGAGUGUGAGCUGAAGGUACAGACGACCUGUGACCUGAUGGGGACGUUACUCACUUUGUACCAAUAUUGGAAAAGAGAAGUCAAAUCUGUUUGUUUGUUUGUUUGAAUUCUCACAAAGUUAAAAUUCAGUCUCUUUUCCAAAGCCCUCAUUUCAACGGGAAGUAGAAAAGGAAACAAUGUGAAUGUUAAUGAACGGCUUGGUGAUGAGACGAUUGUCCUCAGUUACCAAGGUGACAGUACAACAAUGAAGCAUCAUCACUGUAAAUAACUGUUGUUCAUGUAUAAUCACCACACCCCCGCCCUGUCACUCCACUUCAGCAGUUCAUCUGAAAACAUCAGGAGAUGUCAUGUGACCUCACACAUGGAUUCUUUCUUUUCCCUCACACUUUCAGAUGUAUUUAUUUUUUAUCUUCCUGGUUUCCAAUAAACAAAGAAUAAUUGAAGAA